ACUGGUUGGGAAGGAGUACAGUAUGUUUGAGGUGAAUGAGAACUACACGCGUGUGUCAGAGUUUGUGAUCGUGGGCUUCCCGGGGCUCCAUCCAUCCUUCAACCAGCUGGUGGCCUGGUUAUUCUUCUUCGUCUAUGUGAUCACGGUGGUGGGGAACAUCCUGCUGGUGGUGCUGUUUGCCCUGGAGCGCAGCCUGCAGAAACCCAUGUACAUCAUCAUGCUCAGCCUGGCUCUGUCAGAUAUAGGCGUAUGCACGGUGUCCCUUCCCAAAGUGAUAGCUCGGUACUGGUGGGACGACGCUGGCAUCUCUUUCUAUACGUGUCUGAUACAGAAACAAUUCAUCCACUACUUUGGAACACUCACCUCUCUCAUCAUGAUGACCAUGGCUAUGGACCGAUACCUGGCUAUCUGCUUCCCUCUCAGGUACACAGAGCUGAUGACCAACAGGACCAUGUCUCUCCUAACAGCCCUGUCCUGGGUGUCAGCCAUGAUAGUACCAGGCAUCACCACCAUCCAGACAUCCCAGAUGCCUUUCUGUGGGCCCAACCGCAUCAUCCACUUCUACUGCAACACCGUGUCAAUGAACCAGCUGUCGUGUGCUGACAUCUCGUCCCAGAGCACAGUAUCCGUCUCACUAUCCAUGUUCGUCCUCUUCCUCCCCUUCAGCUUCAUCGUCUUCUCAUAUGUCAACAUCAUCGUCAGCGUGAUGCGCAUGGCUAACGGACAGGGCAGGAUGAAGACCUUCUCUACCUGUGCUACUCAGGGCUGUAUCAUCCUUAUUUACUACAUCCCCCGCUUCGUAGUGAACGCUACACCCAUCAACCCCAACCUGACCAUGACCCCUGACCUCCGCAUCGGCCUCACCCUUUUACACAGUCUGCUGCCACCCCUACUCAACCCCUUCAUCUACUGCAUCCGUACCAAGGAGAUCAGGGCUUUCCUGGCCAAGUGGGCCAACCGAGGGCAGUCCAAGGCACAUCACAAACCCUGCAUCCACCCCAUAGCCUGCUGACAGGCACUCAGGCAGCCUGCCGCUUAUAAAGACACACAGGAGGCAUUAUGACUUCAUACAUCUCCUGUUCUCUCACCUAUGAAGGAAGCCAUUGGUCGAAACGUCAUCUGGUCAUGCAGGUGAUGAGCCCCAGAUCUGAUAUGUUUUCAUUAUUAUUAUUCAAUGUGGUAGACAAUAAACUUUCACACUUGUU